AUGGUCUAUUCAGUCGACCUGUUUGUCAAUAACCUGACCCCAUUCAACUGGGUUCCGGCUGCAACUCACGCAACCAUUCUUAACUGGGGCUCAGUCAAGACCGCUCCGGUUCCCAUCGCGGCAGGGACUCCCAAUGCACCGGUUGCCAGGUUUGAAUCAUGGUGGGGCACAUGGACCGGUACGGAAGGGAUCGUAAUCUACAAUAUGGAAGGGGUUGGUUCAAUCGGUCUCAUGGUCAACGAGCCAUGGAUCGGUAGCAAUCAUUGCCGGAUGGGUCUUGUGCCAGAUGAGUUCUUCUACGAUGAGGUCGGGUAUAAGGGUGAUGACCAGUUGAAAAGGUUUCUCUCUGGCGCCAGCCCUUCCACGAUCUUCCUUCCGGACGAAGUGGGUAGCACCAAUGGGAGCAACUAUGAUCACGGCACCCAAUGUGCUCGUGUCCCACUCAACAACAAUCCGGUGACAAAUGUUGGAGGCGCCGAUGUUAGAUGCAACGUUGGGGGCGCCAGGGGAGUUGCCGGGAAGUGCCCCGUCAAAGCCGGUGGAACCGUGACGGUCGAGAUGCACGCGCAACCCAACGACCGUAACUGCAAGAACGAGGCCAUCGGUGGCGCUCACUACGGUCCCGUCCUCGUCUACAUGACCAAGGUCGAGAAUGCCGCCAAGGCGGACGGCUCGACAGGCUGGUUCAAGAUCUUCCAGGACACAUGGUCCGCCAAGUCCGGUGCCUACGCCGGAGACGCCGACAACUGGGGCACCAACGACCUCAACAGCUGCUGCGGCCGCAUGGACGUCAAGAUCCCCGCCGACAUCCCCGACGGCGACUACCUCCUGCGCGCCGAGGUCGUCGCCCUCCACGUCGCGGGCCAGUCCGGCGGCGCCCAGCUCUACAUGACCUGCUACCAGAUCACCGUCAGCGGCGGCGGCGGCAAGCUGCCCUCCAGCACCGUCAAGUUUCCCGGCGCGUACAAGGCCAGCGACCCGGGUAUCCUGAUCAACAUUCACUCGACCGUCUCGACCUACGUCGCUCCCGGCCCCGCCGUCAUCGACGGAGGUUCCACCAAGGUCGCCGGCUCGGGCUGCAAGAGCGGCUGCGAGAAGACCUGCGCGGUCGGCAAGGGGACGACUGGCAAGGCGAUCACUGCCGACCCAGGCAGCGGCGGCACCGAUGCCGGCAACGGCGGGUCGUCGACUAGCGGGUCGGCUUGUGCGCAGGCUCAGUUCCAGCAGUGCGGUGGCAAUGGGUACACUGGCUGCACUAACUGUGCUGCCGGGCUCACAUGUAAGGCAGUCUCGCCGCCUUACUACUCCCAGUGUGCAUAA